AUGGCCAGCCUUCACUCACCAGCACCAACCACACCAGCUCCCAGCAUGAAGCUCCACAUCCUCACCCUCGCAGUGCUCGCGACACUGGCUUCAACACACGUCCUGCCUCCCAGCGACAGUGCACUCACGAACCUCACCUAUGACACCUCCCUCGAAGACACACCCAUACACCAUAUCGCCGGUACAUUCGAUCCCUCCACCGUCCACACAACCGCCGACCCCCCACCCCCCAACGCGAAAUUCGACAAAGCCGUCUCCACAGGCCAAACCCUCGACUCCGCCAUGAAAUCCAAAGACAACAUCGCGCGCUGGCUCUUCAAAGACUUCCCGCAAUACGCAGAAACCUGUCAAUCCCCGUUCACCGGCGACGGGCGUGCCGACCUCGCGAAAUGGGGUUUCGAUGACAGUGACGCACUGAGCGAGAAGAUAAAGAACGAGUGCGACUUCGAUGCGUAUCAUAAGAUCAAAGCGGCGUUUGAUGAGAUCGGGCUGGAUACCAAGGCGGCGAAGGAUGGGGGGCCGAAUCGGUGUUUCAAGGUUAAUCAUCGCGAUGGGCCGGCGAUUAAGAGGGAUGAGAAGGGGGAGUUGCCGAAUGAGGCGAAGCAGUAUUAUGAUGUGUGCGGAAGGGAAUAUCGGGUUAGUCAAGCCUCACCACUAUCCCCAAACGCUCCCCACGCUGUAUGCUAA